UAAAUGUCGUUAUUCCCUAAGGUUCUGUCUCAGACUCUCUGUUCGGCGCUUAAUUAUCAUCCAUGUAUUCCAAAACUUAUGUCGCUGGUGCCGGCCUCAUCAGCCCUCAGCCUCAUAUAUCCACCUGCCCACCCAACCUCUCCACUUGGGUAUCUCAGGGCAUCCAUUCAAACCAGCAUGCCUCCAUCUGCAUCACCCCCUUCAGUUGCUUUGUCUCAGGGAUUAGUGCCAACACCCUGCAGUUACCAAGCUGGAAAACUUCUUCAGAAAGUUUCCUGACAAUUGCCAGUCCAGCUUUAGCUCUGUCUCCAGCUCUGAGGCCUCUGCUGCUGAAAGCAGGAAUGAUCACCAAGACCCACAUAGGAGACCGGGGCCUUCGGCUUCCAGAGAAAAACAAGAAGAAGAAGGUGGUGGUUAAAGAACCAGAGGCUCAGUACUUGGUUUUGAACAGUAACAGUUAUAACACUGAGGUCUGUCCCACCACAGCCAUAUCGCCCACGAAGAGUGGGAUCCAGGGCCAGGCACCCGAGACCCCUCUGGUGAAGAAAAAGAAGAAGAAGAAGAAAAAGCAGGAGUACAGCACUGUCUGUGAGGAGCAUCGAGAACCUGAGACCACGUUCCGUGCCAGGCAGACAGAGACGUCUCCCAGCCCCAGGACACAGGCUCUCGCUCCACCCAAGUUCCUCAAUGGGGAGAAGAAAAAGAAGAGGAAGUCCUCAUGGCCUCUGGCUCUGUCUCCUGGUGUGAGGGUGAAGACCUCCCUGGACCCCAGACAGGGCGAGGAAGUGACCAGAGUUGGCAGAAAGCUCAAAAAACACAAGAAGGAGAGUAAGGCCCAGGAGGCGGCAGCCUUCUCGGCCAGGGACGCCCUGCAUGCAUGCCCAGUGGGAAAGAAUGACCAGCAACGGGCAGCCUUGGGGCAGAAGAGGAAGCAGGGAGGCCCCAGGGAACACAACGUGAACCAGAAGAAGAAAACGAAAACCCACCAGGAGGAAGACACCUCCCUUGACCACCCCAAGCCUUCCAGGUCCAUGGAGAGCAGUCCUAGGAAAAGAUGUGCAAAGAAGCCAGUCAAAGUUGAGGCUUCAGAGUACAUCGCGGUAGGAGACAGCCUCAAGGCCCCUGCGAAGAAGAAAAUGAAGCCCACUAAAAGGGCCGAGGAGCCAGGCACUGAGGAGCCAGCUCUGAAGAGGAAGAAAAAGAAGAGGAAGGAGAGCAAAGUAGCAGAACUUUGGAAGGAGGAGCCUGACACAGACUUAGAGGUGGUGCUGGAGAAGAAAGGCAACAUGGACGAGGCACACAUAGACCAGGUGAGGCGAAAAGCCUUGCAGGAAGAAAUUGAUCGUGAGUCAGGCAAAACGGAAGCCUCUGGAACCCAGACGUGGACAGGCACUCAGUUUGGCCAGUGGGAUACUGCUGGUUUUGAAAACGAAGAACAGAAGCUGAAAUUUCUCAAACUUAUGGGCGGCUUUAAAAAUCUGUCCCCUUCAUUUGGCCGCACCCCUGACACGACCAGGAGGCCUAACAUGGCGCUGGACAGGACGGCGGCCAGCAGCCUGCAGCAGAGCCUGCAGCAGGACUACACGCGGGCCCUGAGCUGGAAGCAUGGCGGGCGCGCGGGCCUUGGCUUCGCCACCCCAAACAAAGUCUUCUAUAUCGACAGGAACGCUUCCAAGUCCAUCAAGUUUGAAGAUUAAACUCUACUGUCUUGUCUCCUGAGUCAAAAUUGCUUUUGUUACUCAGUUACACAGAUGAGAGCCUCUGACCAGCUCCUGCGAAGGUUAAGGAAGACUCUGGAUGUGCUGGACGGCCUGGGUGGGGGCAGCUCAUGGUUCAGGAGCUGAGAAAACAUGCGAGUGGCCAAAAUCCACUAUUUUCUGUGCAAAGCCCUCCGUCCCUGAUUGAAGACACCACUGUGUAUAAAUAACAGCUGUUUGUUGAAGACUUAGAUGUGCCAGGCACAUACUAGCAUGUCUUACUUGCAUUGAUGUAUUUAAUUUUAACUAUGCAAUAGGUGCUGUUUUCGUCCCCAUCUUAUAGAUGAGGAAACUGAGGUUCAGGGAUGAAGUAAUAACAUUGUCCAGGGUCACCCAGCUACUAAGUGCCAAGUGUACUUUUGUACCUCAAGCCCUACAUUCACUGCUCUGGAUGUCCCCCUCUGGGCAUUUCUCCCAGAGUACUCACUGGGGAUGAAAAGACCUGAUCGAAGGAACAGAAGUCUAUUACAUGUCUAAAUCUCAGAGAGGAAGUGGAGUUAGUGAUAAGUAGAAUAACAAGCUCACUUUCCUUUCCUGUCUCAGAGUAGCUGUAGGCAAGUAAGUAUCUGAAUUGCCACCAAGCAGGUGUGGCUGCCCCAUGCGCUGUGGGGACCAUGUCCCAGCCUGAACUCCAUAGCCAGUCUCAGAGCCCUAGGAACAGAGACCCAAGUGACGUGACAUUUUCACAUCAUUUGGCUGCAUGCCUCCUGCACACACCAUUCGGGCAGGCCUACAUGGCCAGGAGAGUCCGUCUCCGAUGGCAGGAAGUCCCGAUAGAGGGGUAGACCCAGCAUCUCACCAGAGAACCGUUCUUUCCUCCCUGCUCCAUCAGUGGCUCCUCAGAUCGGUGGAGGGAUGGCCAUAGCAAUUCCAGGCAGCUCAUCAAGAAACUAGAACAUUCCAGAGGAAGAUGGAAACCCUGUGGCCCCCUGACACGGAGGAAGGUGCUCCUCAGGCCAGCCAGCCAAGAGCAUUGAGGACGGAUGCUGGCGGGAGGAGCAGGGGCAGAGGUAAGGCAGGCCUGCCAGGGCUCUGGCGAGCAAGCAUUGGCCAGGUCAGGAGCCCUACAACUCUGCCCUGGCCAGUGCUGAUCAGUGGUUAGAGCAUCGGCCUGUGCAUUGAAAGGUCACGGGUUUGAUUUCAGGUCAAGGCCAGGUACUUGGAUUUUAGGUUCCAUCCCUGGCCUGGUUGGGGAGCAUGCAGAAGGCAACCAAUCUAUGUCUCUCCCCCACUCCCCUCCCCUCCCUCUCUGUCCCUUCCACUCUCUAAAAAAAAAUCAAUGAAAAAUAUAUUCUUGGGUGUAGAAAUCAGCUUUGCUGGGCCAGGCCACAUGACAGUAGCUCUGGUGUAUGUAUGAUCCACCUACUCAGGUUUCGGAAUUAAUUCUGUUUGAAGUGUACAGCCUCAACAUAGAAGUAACUUUUUCAGGCACAUAAUUUGUGAUUUUGUGAAUUUUUUCAUUUAAAUAGUAUCGUAGUAAAAGUGGUAUUGGAAAUAAUUUUGCAAAAUAAAGGCCACUUGGGGGUGUUUGGGCGAUGCAACAUGCUCUGAAUUUCUGUGUAUUUUGUUCCAGGAAGGGCAUUCUUUGGUACCUGCUGUUUAGUGGACGCCAUUUCUCAUCAGAAGUCCUUGUGGGUGGAGAUGUAACUAUUAGCCAAAAAGUCUACAGUAUGUUCUUGGUAGUGAACUGUUAAAAUAUUAGUUUAUAUAAAUUUAUUUUUAAAAUUAGCCACUUUUACUGAGAUUGGCUGUGUGAAUUGUAAUCAUGAGUUUCACAGGGUGGAGACGAAUGUAAUCUAUGUCGAGCACAAUAAUUUGGGUGCUUUUAAUCUACAACUUUGAUGCAUUAUCUUCAACAGCCAAUCAAUAUUAAUACUCUUAUUGAUUCAAUCACAUGCUAUUUAGAAUUAUGGCUGCACAGAAAACUAGGCAAUAUGUUCAGAAACAUUCUCCUUCUGGAUGAAAUGAGAGUCAGAAGUAAUGAAAUGAACAGCCAUGAACGUAAAUAUCCCUUCAGGAGGUUUAUUCCAUUAUUACAGAACAUGUUCAAAAUCCAAUCAAGAGCUGCUUUUUGAUAGAAAAAUCUUUUUUGAGCCUGCCUUUUAUAAAUCCUCCAGGGUUCUGUAGGCAACGUUUAAUUACAAACUCAAAUUAGGGAGAGCAAACAGUGCCUCUUUUAAGGUUCUUUUUCCAAUUUAAAAAAAAAAAAAGACACCCCACCCCCC